AUGAAUUUUCGGAUAGCUAAAGUUUGGUUUUCAGGUUACAAAGACUCCGGUGCCGAUAUUGCAUACAACCUAAGUCUCUCAAGCGAGGUUCAAGUUCUUAGCCCGAAUUCGCAACCAGACCCUCUCAAAGAUGCCGAUUGGUGUUUCCCCGACAACGAAGACGGUAUUCUGAGCGCGAUUGAUCAAGGCGCGACGCAUCUGUGGGCGAACACAAUUCUCUUCGCCAGCCACCCGCUCCAGACCUCGGCGCGCAUUGGGGAAAAUGAGAAGAAAAUCAAGGUUAUUGGACAAGGACCUCUAAUUGUCGAGAAGUACGAUGACAAAGAUUUCGUCAACACUCUCCUGCGGCAGCAAGGAAGCUUCACUAUGCCGUGGGCCUGCAUCAUCCACGCCAAUAAGGACACGCCUGACUAUAAGUCAUAUCCGUAUCCGGUGGUUGCAAAGCCUGCACGUGGUCGCGGCAGCCAUGGCGUGAAGGUCUGCCAGGAUGAGUACGAGUUGAGUUCCCACAUCAAGCUCCUUAAGUCUGAGGGAACCAAUGCGAUCAUCGUGGAAGAGUUUCUUGCAGGCGAAGAGGCCACGGUGACAGUCAUGCCUCCGACAUCUGACAAGGGAUACUGGUCUCUGCCUGUUGUCACCCGAUUCAACCAUCAAGAUGGCAUCGCCCCCUACAACGGCACAGUUGCUGUCACUGCAAACUCUAAAGCCGUUGUUGGCUCUGAAGACCCGGCCUACGAGGAAGUUGCCAAGGAAUGCGAGAAAGUCGGAGAGCUGCUUGGUACCACGGCGCCUGUCCGUACCGACGUCCGCAGGUUCAAGGCAGGCUCCAAAUUCGCCCUGUUCGAUGUGAAUAUGAAGCCUAAUAUGACGGGACCAGGCAGACCGGGUCGAGACAAACAAGCAAGCUUGACACUACUUGCAGCAGCAGCUAUUGGCUGGGACUACAAGGAAUUGCUUCGCCAGAUUCUGGGCACGUCGUGCACCCUCGAAGCCCUUAGAAAGCUUGCACCUCGUAUCUAA